UAAAUGCAUGACGGUAUAAUGUGGACUACACAUGUCAUGACAUACAUGCAUUGAAUUGAAUAUGGCCAACUUGACUAUCCUACAUAUGACAUGACAUUCACGUAGGCAUAGCCAACCAGUUUAGGUGACAGGUUAAAAAGAUUUGGGAAUGUUUUGUAAUUGUAUCUCAUUCUGGGGCGGAUCACCAGGGCUGGUCCAGGACUCUGCCAGGAGCCAGUUACUCACUGCUGGUGAUUGAUCAAUCAUAAUGAACAAAAAUGUGGAGGUGGAAAAUCAGGAGUACAGUGACGAGUGGUUGCCUAAACUUACAUUCAGUAGACCAAGGAAGAUUCGCCCACGAGAACCGAAUUGCGGCGGCACAAUCCUUGAGCUCUUCCGUUCACCAGAUGCCCCAGUGUAUGAGUACCAGAUAGUCGGGGCGGUGGAGCCUCCAGACUCCCCAACCAUGGAAGACACACUACUACAAACCGGAGACAAUGGUGCCAAAAAUAUGAAUGAAUCAACAAAGGCUGGCACGUACUUUGAGAAGAAAAUUGAGAUUCCUGAUGAUGAGAGUGCACGCUUCAGCUUCCGGAAACUUUGGGCAUUCACAGGUCCAGGUUUCCUGAUGAGUAUAGCAUAUCUUGACCCGGGGAACAUCGAGUCUGAUUUACGCUCAGGAUCAGUUGCUCAAUUCAAGUUAUUAUGGGUGUUACUGUCUUCCACUGUCCUUGGUCUCCUGAUGCAGCGACUGGCAGCCCGUCUCGGUGUUGUCUCUGGGUUACAUCUGGCCGAGGUCUGUCAUAACAAGUAUCCAAAGGUGCCUCGUUUGAUGUUAUGGCUGAUGGUAGAGAUUGCCAUUAUCGGGUCUGACAUGCAGGAGGUCAUCGGCACAGCCAUUGCAUUUUAUCUUUUAUCAAAUGGAAAGAUCCCCCUGUAUGCGGGUGUCAUCAUCACCAUAGCUGAUACUUUCACAUUUCUUCUCCUUGAUAAAUAUGGUCUUCGUAAGCUGGAAAUCUUCUUUGGAUUCCUUAUAACUGUGAUGGCAGUGACAUUUGGUUAUGAGUAUGUCGUUGUAUCGCCAGAUCAAGUAGAAGUUUUAAAAGGGAUGUUCGUGCCUUACUGCCAAGAUUGUGGACCAAAACAGUUGCUGCAGGGUGUGGGAAUUAUUGGUGCUAUCAUCAUGCCUCACAACAUAUAUCUACACUCAGCUUUAGUCAAAUCGCGAGACAUUGAUCGCAGUAAAAAAGCUAAAAUCUCCGAGGCCAACUUUUAUUACUUCAUUGAAGCUGGGCUUGCUCUCUUCAUCUCCUUCCUCAUCAAUGUAUUUGUGACGUCCGUGUUUGCUCAGGGCUUCUACGGGAAAGAAACCAGAGAAAUUUAUAAUAGCUGUUUAGCUGCUGAUAAUGUGCAUGCUGAUAUAUUCAAUGUAACCAAUGUGGAAGUGGAUAUUUAUAGUGGGGGCGUAUUCCUCGGGUGCCAGUUUGGUGCUGCAUCAAUGUAUAUUUGGGCAGUUGGAAUCCUAGCUGCUGGGCAGAGUUCAACGAUGACUGGUACUUAUGCUGGUCAGUUUGCCAUGGAGGGCUUCCUGAAUCUUAAAUGGGCACGAUGGCAACGCGUCUUGUUGACGAGAUCCAUCGCUAUCAUGCCAACCAUUCUCGUCACCGUGUUCGCCGGCAUAAAUCAGCUGACCAAGAUGAAUGAUCUGCUCAAUGUGCUGAUGAGCCUACAGCUACCUUUUGCAUUGGUGCCAAUCCUGACGUUCACAAGUUCAGACCUUGUAAUGGGCGACUUUAAAAAUGGAAUCCCCAUGAAGAUAAUAGCUGGCACCUUGUCUUUGGUGGUUAUUGGCAUUAAUAUGUUCUUUGUGGUGACUUACAUAUCAGCUCUACCGUCCCAUUGGGCCAUCUACCUAGCUAUGGCAGUAUUGGUGGCAACCUAUCUCGGAUUUGUCUUAUAUCUAACAAUGUUCAGUCUUUACUUCCAUGGAGUCGAGUGCCUUCAAAAAUUCCGAAUAUUUGGAUCCACUUCCGGCGUGGCUUAUGAGUUACAAACGGCAACAAGUCAUACUGAUGUAGAUUCACCAGAAAUGUCAGAUUAUGGAUCAAGAGAGAUUCCAGAUAGCCCAAACUAACAGUGUUUACUUGCCAUGCGUGUUACAAUGACUUGAUUUAUAGCAGAUAUUGUAAUCAAGCUAACUUCUGCCUUUUACGGUACUACUGAGAUCCCCUCAAGUUGAUUGUUUAUUUGAAUGUGCAGAUCGCUCUAGUCUGGAGUGCAGAAUUUUAAAGAAAGUUGCUAUUUAUUGUAUGAUAUACAUAGUAAAUAAUAGAAAUUUAUUGUAUAUUUACCUAUUAUUUUUGUGUCCCUCUAAUGGCUAUUCUGAUAUUAAUUCAAUGUUUAAAAACAUGGUUAUGGUAUUGAUAUUUGGCAGAUAUUUAUUAAAUCAU